ACUACAACUCCAGAACCUAUUACGACAACCACUGCAGCUCCUGCUACAACAACUGCUAUUCUUACAACCACUGCGACUGCAGCACCUUCUACAACAACUACAACUUCAGCUCCUACGACAACCACAACAGCAACACCUACAACAACUGUAGCUUCCACGACAACUGCAGCUCCUACAACAACUUUAGAAUCUACUUCAACCACAGCAGCUGCCUCUACGACAACCACUGCAGCUCUAACUACAACAACUGCUGCUCCAACGACCACUACAACUCCAGAACCUAUUACGACAACCACUGCAGCUCCUGCUACAACAACUGCUAUUCUUACAACAACAAUGGCUGCAGCACCUUCUACAACAGCUUCAACUUCCGCUCCUACGACAACCGCAACAACAGCACCUACUACAACACCUGCAGUUCCUACAACUUUAGCUCCCACGACCACUACACCUGUUGUACUUACUACUACAACAACUGCUGCUCCAACGACCACUACAACUCCAGAACCUAUUACGACAACCACUGCAGCUCCUCUAACUACAACAACUGCUGCUCCAACGACCACUACAACUCCAGAACCUAUUACGACAACCACUGCAGCUCCUGCUACAACAACUGCUAUUCUUACAACCACUGCGACUGCAGCACCUUCUACAACAACUACAACUUCAGCUCCUACGACAACCACAACAGCAACACCUACAACAACUGUAGCUUCCACGACAACUGCAGCUCCUACAACAACUUUAGAAUCUACUUCAACCACAGCAGCUGCCUCUACGACAACCACUGCAGCUCUAACUACAACAACUGCUGCUCCAACGACCACUACAACUCCAGAACCUAUUACGACAACCACUGCAGCUCGUGCUACA